AUGGCUUGUAAUUCAUCUGGCUGUGAGUCCGGUUGCAAUGGCCGUGGCAACGAAAAUGGAAGCAGGGUAGAGGAAGUUAUUGUUGUUAAGGAGAGUGUAUGCGUCAAGUGUAAAUGCAAUGAGCCUAUGAUAUUUGGAGAUGGAGGCUCAGACGACGGAAGAUUCUGCUCAGAAUGUUUCAGGAGCAAUAUCUAUGGGAAGUUCCGUCUCGCUGUUACUUCACACGCAAUGAUCACUCCUUCUGAUAACGUCCUUGUUGCUUUCUCCGGCGGUUCUUCUUCCAGGGUUCUUCUUCAAUUUGUGCACGAGCUGCAAGUCAAGGCGUUGAAGAAUUACGAGGCGAGUCGUGAUAGGUCUUUACCUGUGUUUGGUGUUGGUGUUGCGUUUGUUGAUGAGAGUGCUGCUUAUCCUGCUCUUUCCAGUGAAAUGGGUGGUGCUAUUGCGUGGGUUCGGUCCACUGUGUUGAGUAUGUCUCCACCUGAAAAGGAUCUUCGUGUUGUUCCAAUUGAGAGUGUGUUUGGUUCUGACUCUGUUGAAGCACGAGAUAGGCUUGUGAAGCUAAUGGAUUCUGUUAGUGAUGAGACUGGAAAGGAAGACCUUUUGCUGCAUCUGAAGAUGUUGGCUUUGCAAAAGGUUGCCUCUGAGAAUGGGUACAACAGAUUAGUGGUAGGAUCAUGCACGUCGAGGCUCGCUUCUCAUGUUCUUACGGCCACUGUGAAGGGACGAGGUUAUUCACUAUCCGCAGAUAUUCAGCAUGUUGAUGCGAGAUGGAAGGUUCCUAUUGUACUGCCACUUCGAGAUUGUGUUUGGCAGGAAAUAACUAGACUCCGCCAUUUGGAUGGAUUAAAGACUGUGGAGCUGGCUCGUCGUUCUCAGUCAGGGAUCAAUGAAUUGGUGUCUUCAUUCGUUGCUCUGUUGCAGGAUGAGAAUCCUUCUCGGGAGUGCACAAUUGUACGGACAGCUGCAAAGCUGACUCCAUUUCACUUCAACAAAAUUCCUGAAACGGACGACUCUUGUGUUCCUAUGGCCACUCAGAGGCGUCUAAAGAAAUUCAAUCUCAAGUAUGACGGUUCCAUGACUACAGAAUCAUUCUGUCCUAUCUGCAAUGGCCCGCUAAAUGAAUCAGACUCGUCUGAUUUGAAUACUAUUGAUGGAUGCCAUGAAUCUGAUGCUCUUUAUGCUGCUUGCUGUUCAAGUUGCCGGUUUCAAAUACUUCCACUAGAUCGUUCAUCUCUUGAGCAUUUUGGAUCCUUGCUACCACAUCACAUGAUCUCCCAAGUAAAGCAUCAUCAGAUGGUUGACAGUCAAACAUAUCUGAGGGAGAAGAUAAAAGACUGCUUGCUCGUGGACGAUGAAGAGUCUGUCUAA